AUGCCCUCCAUACUCGAGGACCCCUCCUCGCGCAUCCCCGCACCAACAGCACACACCGUCGCCGCAUCCACUCUAUUACCACGUCAUACCACCCUCCCCAAGGCAUCCGAUGCGGGCAUGACUCUUUACCCUAUCACGGGUGGCUCGUCGACUAUCCCAUGGGACCUGGUUAAAUUCCUACAUGCGGAAUUCAGCGCUGAAAUUGAGCGCGGUAGCACUUAUCCAAUGGAGAAACCGAUGGAGCUGGAGCAAUUUGCAGAGUAUUGGUUCGGGACGUUUGCGGUUAUUGCUGUUCUCGAUGCGGAUGGGGAGGGUGAUGAGAGUGAUGGGCUGAAGGAGGGGAGGGAUUGGGAAAAGGUUUGUUUGGGCACGUUUUAUAUUAAGCCGAAUUAUCCUGGCCGUUGCUCGCAUAUCUGCAAUGCGGGUUUCCUUACUACCGUCGCAGCACGUGGAAAGGGUGUUGGCCAGCAGAUGGGUGAAGCUUAUCUAGAAUUUGCUCCGAAGCUGGGAUACAAAUACUCCGUCUUCAACCUGGUCUUCGCUAAUAACCCGGCUUCCAUCCGUAUCUGGGAGAGACUUGGGUUCAGCGUUAUUGGACGGGUUCCUAAGGCGGCACGUCUCGCUAAUAGUGAGGAGCUGGUUGAUGCGUUGAUUUUUGGACGUGAGUUGGGGAAUUAG